CGGGGUCUGACCAAGCUGCAUACCCUUCACCUGCACAGGUGCGGGCUGUCUGAGCUCCCGGUGGGAGUUUUCAGAGGACUCUUCUCGCUUCAGCAUCUCUACCUGCAGGAUAAUAACCUUCUGGCGCUGCACGAAGACACUUUCCUGGACCUGGCCAACCUCACCUACCUAUUCUUACAUAACAACAAGAUCAAGGUGGUGACCGACCACAUGCUGCGCGGUCUCAUCAACCUUGACCGUUUGCUCCUGCACCAGAACCGCAUCAUACACGUGCAACAGCGGGCUUUCAAUGACCUGGGCAAGCUGACCACCUUGUUUCUCUUUUUCAACAACCUCACCAUGCUGACAGGAGAGGCCAUGAACCCGCUGGUGUCCCUCCAGUACCUGAGGCUCAACGGAAACCAAUGGAUUUGCGACUGUCGAGCCAGGCCACUGUGGGACUGGUUCAAACGCUUCAAAGGGUCCAGCUCCGAGUUGGAGUGCCACCUUCCGACCUCUCUAACCGGGAAGGACCUUAAGCGACUGAAGAGCGACGAUUUGGAGGGAUGCGUGGACUCUCCGUCGCAGGUUCAAACCAGUAUCUUCAACACCAAGGCACGCUCUGGAAAGUUCCUCUCACUCGACAAUCCUCUCGUUGAAAGCAUUCCCAGGUGCUGUCUUUCGGAUAACGACAAAUCC